AUGGUGGUCCUUCCUCCCCAAAGGCUCGAUCAAAGCUUACUGGUGUCCGUAGACACUUCUUAUCAACUAGAAAAGAAGCCCGAGAGGUUAUUCAGUCCUGGUUCCUUCCUAUCCACUACUCUGUUGUUGGUAGUAGCUGCUUUGGGGGCUGGUGCACUAUCCCUACCCUAUGCCAUGCUAGGCAGUGGGCUCUUGGUUGGUAUCCUAUGCUUCGUCAUUUGUGCAUGCAUUGCUGUUACCAGCAAUCUGAUCCUCUUUACUGCUGUCACUAAGACCGGUCUACACACCUAUGGUGCUGUCGUCGAUUGGGCAUUGGUCCGUCUUGGCUUCAAGAAGGCGGAUUUACUAGCAGCAGUAGGGCAGCAGGCUGAGGGGAAUGCUCCCUAUUACUCUAUAUCCCCUUUGGGGGUCUCUCCUCGACUUGCCUUCUUCGAGCUUUGGGCCUUCGUUUACUGCGUGAUGACCUGCGUGAGCUAUCUUGUAUUCCUCGGAGACUUCAUUCCUUCUAUCACUGGGUAUUAUUUACAAGGAAUAGAUCCAGAAGUGUUCCGUAAAUUCUGUAUUGUGGCCUGUGCAUAUUUGGCCAUUUACCCUAUGUCGGUAUCAAAAAGGUGA